AUGGCUCGAUCAAAGGAUAUUGCUCCUCACGUUGGCCGAUACUCAAGGUCACAGGUCGCUGCCAAGCGAGGUCUUUACAAGGGAAAGAAGACCGGUGCCGCUCCUGCCAAGACCGAAUCUCCCGCUCACACCGAGAAGACCGUUGGUGGUAAAGGAAACGGAGAGAAGAGAUUAGUCCCCACCAACAAAGCUUCUAAAUACUACCCCGCCGAAGAUGUUAAGAAGCCCAAGGUCUCCCGAAAGACUGUUGGAAAGACCGCUCUCCGAGCUAGCAUCACCCCUGGUACCGUCCUUAUCCUCCUUGCUGGUCGAUUCGCCGGUAAACGAGUUGUCUUCCUCAAACAACUCGACAGUGGUCUUCUCUUAGUUUCUGGUCCUUUCAAAAUCAACGGUGUACCUCUCCGACGAGUAAGCCAAGCCUACGUUAUCGCCACCUCCACCAAAGUCGACAUCUCCGGUGUUUCCGUUCCUGAGACCGUCAACGAUGCCUACUUCACCAAAUCCAAAGCUGCCAAGGGUUCCAAGGAAGGAGAAUUCUUCGGUGAAGGUAAAGAGAAGAAGGUGUUCCCCGAGGAGAAGAAGUCUGAACAAAAGGCUGUUGACGCUGCCCUCAUCGCCUCUAUCAAGAAGGUUGACAACCUCGCCAAAUACUUGAAGGCAUCUUGGGGUCUUUCCAAAGGUGACCGAUUCCACGAACUCAAAUUCUAG